AGAGACACUAGUAGAGGAACAAGCAAAGAGGUUUUACCGGUAAAAAGUACAGUUCAUUUGUGCCAAAUUAGUUAGGAAAUUGUACUAGCCAAAGCGAUGGGACAGCUUUGCGAAGAACCGUGAUACCGCACGUCCAAAUCCAAAAAGAGUUCCUGAGAAAAUGAUAAACUCGGUUUAAAAACAACAAAGCCCCUCAGUCAACAACUGAUUGUUUGCACAUUUGGAUAAAACAUAACGCCCGUCUACAAGUGCUGUUUGAGGGAUGUCUGCGAGCGAUACACAGUUAUUAUGACAUUGAAAGCCAUAUACCAAUCUGCUAACGAAAGCAGAGCAAUAGCGCUGGGGAGAGACACAACAAUUUCGCCGUUGUCGUCGUCGUCGUCGUCGUUAUCUUUGAGUGACGAGUACCUUUGACAGGAGCCCUUCACGAUAACGUCCGUUGAUUCGACAGCUUGUCCAAUUGGUGUGUCGACGAGGUUGUUUAGCUUUCAGUUUCUCGCAGGCGGCACGACAGUCAAGAGUGUGAAUCAUGUUUCGGGCGUUCGGCAAGAAAUGGCUGCUUGGCGCCCUCUUCUCGAUCGUGGCCGUGAUGGGCCUGUUGACGCUCUUCGGAUCCAGUUGGGAGAUAUCCUCGAUCCAGAAUACGGUGCGCCAAAGGUUCAUCGCUCCGAGUACCGACUUCAUUACAGAGCCAACAGCUGACAGUGAAAUAGUGACCAAGUCGUCGACAAAGUUCGAGUAUGUAUCACAGACCUUGGAUCCCAGAUUUCCGACGCCUCCCGGAGAUAUGGGAUCUGGCGUUGUUAUGGAAGUAACAGAUGCAGCAAUCAGCGCAUUGGUCAAACAAGGCUACGAUAUGCAAGGACUGAAUCAGUUCUUCUCGGAUCUAAUGUCCGUUCAGCGACGACUUCCCGAUGUCCGGGACAAUUGGUGUAAAGAGCCGGGUCGAUUCUUGAGCGAUCUUCCCGAAACUUCGAUAGUGAUAGUGUUCUACAACGAAGCCUGGUCGGUGCUAGUGCGAACCGUUCAUUCGAUUUUGGAUCGAUCGCCGCCUAAUCUAGUCAAAGAAAUUGUGCUCGUUGACGAUUGUUCUUAUCUUCCACACACGAAAACCCAACUGGAGGAAUACUUCCGAACGUUCCCGAAGGUGCGGAUCCUGAGAGCUCCCGAACGGCAAGGAUUGAUUCGAGCCCGGUUGCUCGGGGCCCAGAACACGACGGCGCAGAUCAUCACGUUUUUGGAUGCCCACGUUGAGUGUACAGUUGGAUGGCUCGAAGCACUGCUAGAUCCGGUGGCACGAAAUUCCACAACCAUCGCCAUUCCCACGAUCGAUUGGAUCGACGAGCACGAUAUGCAUCUGCGUACGGAGAACGCUCCCAGCUACUACGGUGCCUACGAUUGGGAUCUAAACUUCGGUUGGUGGGGACGGUGGAGCAGAAUCAAUAAACCCGAGAACAAGAUGGAACCAUUCGAAACCCCUGCAAUGGCGGGGGGUCUCUUUGCGAUCACUCGAUCGUUCUUCGAACGGCUGGGAUGGUACGACGAGGGCUUCGACAUCUACGGCAUCGAGAACAUCGAACUGUCGAUGAAGAGUUGGAUCUGCGGAGGAAAGAUGGUUACGGUUCCCUGUUCGCGGGUGGCUCACAUUCAGAAAACCGGACAUCCCUACUUGAUCCAAACGAAGAAAGACGUGGUUCGGGCGAACUCGUUGCGUCUUGCGGAAGUGUGGAUGGACGAGUACAAACAGAUCAUAUUCGACAUCUACGGACUUCCGAGGUAUCCGGUCGAGGAAAUUGGAGACGUUUCGCACAGGAAGCAAAUCAGAGAAAAGGCCAAAUGUAAGACCUUCAAGUAUUACGUGCAGGCGGCUUUUCCGGAGAUGAACAACCCAAUGGUGGAAGGCGCAUUUCACGGGGAGGUGAAAAACAUGGCGCUGGGGAACGACACUUGUUUGGAGUACCAGUUGGACACCAACACGGUCCGGAUGGCCACAUGCGAUCAUCAGGAAACGGGUCAGUUUUGGGCGCACAAUUACUACCAGGAACUGAACAGUCACAAGCACUGCCUGGACUACACCGGAGACACUCUGGGAGUUUACGGAUGUCAUCGAUCACGUGGAAACCAGGCGUGGCAGUACGUGAAGAAGACGAAACAGAUCAAAAGCGUGAAACACGGAAAAUGCCUCGGGUUGAGCUUGAAAACCAUGAAAACAUUGCUGGUGGAAGAUUGCGAUGAGAAGAAAGAGUCUCAAAAAUGGCUAGUGUCAUUUGUGGAUAUAGAUACGUCCUUUUUCCGGAAACCAACUUGAAUUGGUUUGAAAUGUAAUGGUAGUUUACAUUAGGUAAUUUACUUUAAGUAGGAAAUUUUAAACGAGGAACUGAAUAAUAAAUUAUGUGUUUGUUGUCAUGAUAACAAAUGGAAA